ACUAAUGACAUAUGUUCAUAUUUGUUGGCAUGUCUUUGUUAAGACAAUGGAAAAGAUGGUAACAGAUGUUGUAAGAGUUCCAUGUUAUUGUUAUCUAAACAUUAGCCAAUGCCAAAGUUCAGGUUUUGGGGAUUUUCAUAACCAUGUCGAAGAAUAACAACAACAACAACAAUAAGUCAGUUUUGAGGUUGAAAGAUUAUCGUGUUAGAAGCUCAGAUUCUUUGUCCAAAGUAGUAUUGCUUCAUAAUUUGAAAGAUGAUUCAGGCAAGUUCAAUCCUUGUAAGGGUGGGAAUAGACACACAUGGUUCCGCCGGAAUGUGAAAUCAGUUGCGUUUAUGUUCUUGUUAACGGCUUUCAUGUUCUUGCUCGAUUCUGUGAUGGUGUCAGUUUUCGGUUCGAUCAACUUUCAUGGAAGUUCGAGUACGAGAAACUCCGAUGGCCGCGAGGAGGAUAGUGUUGCCCAUAAGGAAAGGCCAACAGUUGAGAUGUAUGGUAGGCUUCUAAAUUUAGCUUCAAGUGCACUUGUUGCUGAGGAGUUUAAGCAAGAAAGUUUGAAUUUUUGGGAGGAACCAUAUCAAGAAGCAUCCAAAUGGACACCUUGUGCAGAUAAAAGACAUCCAACAAGCCUAGGGAAGCCUGGUGAAAAUAAUGGCUACAUAAUGGUUAGCGCGAAUGGUGGUCUGAAUCAACAACGCGUAGCUAUAUGCAAUGCAGUUGCCGUGGCAUCGUUGCUCAAUGCGACGUUGGUUCUUCCGAAGUUUCUUUACAGCAAUGUAUGGAAGGAUCCUAGCCAGUUCGGUGACAUCUACCAAGAAGACUAUUUUAUGAGAAUGUUGAAGGAUGAUGUACAUAUAGUGCAGGAACUUCCUCUUCAUUUGAAGUCCUUGGAUAUUGAAGCCAUUGGCAGCCUUAUCACUGAUGCAGAUAUCGUGAAGGAAGCAAAGCCGAUUGAUUAUAUUCGCACUGUACUUCCCCUCCUUAUGAAGAACAAAGUUGUUCACUUCCUUGGAUUUGGUAACCGGCUUGGCUUUGACCCAUUUCCUCCUGAACUCCAGAGAUUGAGAUGUAAAUGUGACUUCCAUGCUCUAAAGUUUGUGCCAAAAAUCCAAGAAGUUGGUUCAUUAUUAAUCAAAAAGAUAAGGAAAUUCAAAUACCAUGCUGCCGAACGUCAGUUAGACAAACAACUGCUCGGAGAUUUCACUCCUAGCAUUUCCUCUAAAGAGAAUUAUGUUGAAAGAGGCUCAUCUAGAUACCUUGCCUUACACUUGAGAUUUGAAGAGGAUAUGGUGGCAUACUCCCAAUGUGAUUUCGGAGGUGGAGAACACGAGAAAAAGGAACUCGAAGCCUACAGAGAGGUCCAUUUUCCUCUGCUCAUUGAGCGCUUAAAGAACUCGAAGCCUGUUUCUCCGGCAGAGUUGCGGAAGUUGGGAAAAUGUCCAUUGACACCCGAAGAAGCAGCGCUUGUUCUUGCAGCUCUUGGCUUCAAGCGUGGAACUUACAUUUAUCUUGCAGGGUCUCGUAUAUACGGAGGAAGUUCAAGGAUGCACCCCUUUACCAAUUUGUACCCAAAUUUGGUCACCAAGGAAACACUGCUUACAUACAAUGAACUUGCUCCUUUCAGAAAUUUCUCUUCUCAGCUCGCAGCAUUGGACUUCAUUGCUUGUGCAACUUCAGAUGUCUUCGCCAUGACAGACUCUGGAAGCCAACUAUCAUCACUGGUAUCUGGAUUCCGAACUUACUAUGGUGAUGGACAUGCUCCAACCUUGCGGCCUAACAAGAAGAGAUUAGCUGCGAUUUUUUCAGAGAAUAGCACCAUAGGAUGGACUACAUUUGAAGAUAGAGUAAGAAAGAUGAUUGAGGAAGGCCAAAGAGUGCGGGUGAGGGGUUCUGGUCGAAGUAUUUAUCGACAACCAAGGUGCCCUGAAUGUAUGUGCAGAUUAUAGCCCUGAAACUGUAUCAUAAUCAGUUCUCAUCCCAUUUUCUGCUCUUUUUGAUAUGUUCAUUAUUCAUCAAUGUAAUUUGCUAAUAAAAAUGCACAUAGAUGAGAGAAGCCAAAAAGUGCAUUACAUUUGAUUCA